ACGGGAUGUUAGGUUUCUCUAAUUUCUACUUGGUUUGAUUGUUUAUAAAUGCAGGUUUUCACCCUCAUUCAUAGGGGCGUUGAAUUUACCACAUUUCGUUAUGAUCUGUUAUCUUUCUUAAAGAGUUCGUACAACCAGAUAGUAUCGUAUACCAAGCAAACAACAUCCACCCCAAAACCAUCAUGCUUGCUGAUUCCUUAUAUGAAGCAGACGAUGAAUUCAAUCCUUUUGCAGAUGCUGUUUCCCCCUUAAAUCCACAGUCUGCCAAUGUACAGACGUCUGCUGAACCCGCACGUGAAAUUUCAUCAAACGCGCCGGAUGCAAAUUCAAAUAUCCGCGAAGUUUCUUCUCCAGGAAAGUCAGUAAAUGUGAAAUCUCUUCCUUUGGAAACACUCACACUAGAUUCAGCUCCGUUAGGGCCAUUAGACCAUUCCACGCCUUCUACUGUAAAUUCAGAAAAUAAUCCUUCAGGAUCGAGUGUUCAUGAAUCCUUUGCAAUUCCUAGUAAACCUUCUCUUUUACCAAAAAACUCUUUUGGUUAUAGUGGUGUACAUCCUCACGGCUUGCAUGUAUCUGAAGUCAAUCCGUACUCUUCAGAGCCUUCUAGUAUUACCCAAGAAGAAUUACGACACAAAGAAGCAUCCGAUGCUUCUCCAAAGACUAUGCUUGCUGAGGCUGGUCCGCAUCCUUCUGCACCCACCAUCGCGCCAUCCAUGACUCAAAAACACGAAGACAGCCAAGUGGUGGCGGAGCUAGAGGUGCCUUCUGUUCCACCUCUAAAUAUUCAAGUACAUGAUCCUCAUACAGUUAGUGAGCUUGCUAAGUCUCAUACGGUUUACUUAGUCAGCUCGCAACUGGAAAGUGAUUCUGUCCAAUCCACUGAAGUUACUGUUCAAAGACGGUACAGGGAUUUUGACUGUCUCUACCAACUUUUGUCCAACAAUUAUCCUGGCUGCAUAAUUCCUCCUCCUCCUGAAAAGCAGGUGGUUGGCCGGUUAGACGACGAAGUAGUUGAGCAUCGCCGAGCUGCUUUAGAGGUCAUGUUGCGCAAAAUUUCCUCUCACCCUCUUUUAAGGAAUGAUUCAUUCUUUGAAAAGUUUUUGCGGGUGGAUAAUUUCGACACUAAGUUGACAAAUUACGUUACUCCUAUUGAUGCUGCUUCUUCUUCCACUGCUUCUGGCUCGUCUGGCUUACUUGACUCUUUCACGUCUGCUUUUCACACUUCUUCAUCAUCUAAAUACAUUGAGCAAGAUCCCUUGCUUGCCGAAACAAAAUUAUCGCUAGAUGCUCUUGAAACCCAGCUAAGAUCCAUGUAUCAUGCCCUUUUGCUUUGUAUAGACCAACGCCUGCAACUUUUAUCUUCGAUACACGACUUUGGCGAAUCUUUAGCAAAUUUGUCCUUGGUUGAUCUUGAUCCUUCUCUUUCCUCCCAACUUGACAAUCUAUCUCAGAUACAAAUAGAGCUUCAGUUUUCUCAAGAAAGAAAGGUUGCUCAGGAUAAUCUAACCCUGGGUGUAACUAUCGAAGAAUACAUCCGUAAUAUAGAAAGUGCUAAAAAUGCUUACUCUACUCGACAAAAAUUAUGGCAGGUUUGGCAAUCUUCUUUGCAGUCACUUUCUCGUCUCGAUGCCCAGUUGGAUAAAUGUCGCAAGCAAUCAAAAUUUCAGCAAAAGUCUCUUCCUUACCUAGAGAGUCAAGUGGAAAAGUAUCGAGUUAAAUCUUCUCAGCUAGCGCAGCAGUUUGAGAACUCAACUGCUUUGUUAAAACAUGAUUUGAAACAAUUUUCUAACAUAAGGGUCGACGAUUUGAAAGCUAGUGUCGAAACUUGGCUGGAAUCAGCAAUUGAAUCGCAAAAAGAGUUGAUUGAUAGAUGGGAAUCGUUUCUAGAAUAAUUUGCUGCAUAUAGUUUGUAUUUCUUUCUUCGGCUUAUUUAUUUCCUAAUGUGAUAUAAAAGUUAUUUUCUCCCCUCUUUUCAACUUACUUUUUGCUACCGAUGUUGUUUCCUGCACCUUCAUUGAUGUCGUCGGACUUUGUUUAAUGAUUUUGAUGCUAAUUACAUAUUUUAUGAGACGUUAAUGAAAGUAUUUUAUGUCUUUAAAUGCUACGCUUAUCAAUUCAAUUUGUAUAUCAUGCGGUAAACGCUAAUAAAAUAAAAUAAUUCUUAUAUUCUUCAGCACGUCCUAAAAAAGCAUAUACAACAGAUCAAUACAAUGGUAAUACUACCUACUUGACCGAAUCCGAGACUAAUUCAUCCAUGUUUUGGCUACGAUUUCAUUUAUCAUCCUGUUCCGACUGAUGAACAGCAAUCUCCUGUGCUUCUGCUAGAUAGGGCAAUAAUCGUCCAUAAAUAUCAUAAAUUGAUUUUUCAGGCAUGCUUCUAAUUAAUUCGAUCUUUUUGUUUUCAUCCCAGGAUUGCUGAACGAAUUCAUCAAAACUAAGGUUUUGCUGAUUCAUUGCAUAAGCGGCCUUGACGGCUCCCUAAAAUAUAAGUGUCAGUAACUUUCCAAUUGCAAAGGAUAUUCAAAACAUACCCCAAUAGCGCAAGCAUUGCUUGCUCCUUGCUUGAGUCGAUAAACAUCACAACCCAAAAUUUCACUGAUCAUUUGCACGAUGGCUUCAUUUCGACUAGCACCACCUACAACAUAUACUCUUUGAGGGCGAGAUACAUCGGUUAGUAAAGGGGUAAUUCUAUUGCGGAUAUCUAAAAAUUGGCUCUCGACUAUAGCACGAGCAUCAUCAUCAGGGCUUGUCCAUGAUUCUGAUGAUUCUGUCACUGGUUCCAGUUUAUCAUUUCGGAUGUUGAAGCGCCAUGCACCGGGUCCAACAGCGGGGAUAAUUUCCCGUAAAGGAUAGUACAGCCCGAUUUUUUGAUCUGGAAAAGAACGUGAAUCCAUUCGUUCUUUAAGGGUGAAUUCAUUGAACAAUUCCCAAGAGCUUUUGUCUUGCACUUGGUAUUUUUCAUUGAUACUAUCGCGAACAGUUUCUCUAGCCAAACUGCCGUUCUUAUAGCAAAGCAUGACCAUAAAAUGCUAAACACUGGUUAGUAAAAUGUAGCCCAAUAAGAGUAAAAGUAUUUUAGGAUCAUGUCCAAGACUUAAUAAAAGCAAACAUACAUUUGUGACGAUAGGAUGACCAAACAUAUGAUAUUCAGGAGAACAAACAUAGUUGGAGGUAGCCAUGAGAGCGGUGGUACUUGUGCCUAGCGACAAAAGAACAUCUUUUCCGGGUCGCAACGGCAAGGAAAGUAGGGUGGCAGGAUUGUCGCCGGUGAUUGGAAUGAUUUGGCAAUGGGAUGAAAAGCCGUACUUUUCACUAAAGUAGCUUCCAAUACGACCGAGCUGUUUUGCACCGUUCAUUUCAACGGAUCCCAGCUUGAUUGCUAAAUCUGAGCCUUGAAAAGGACCAGCAACGUCAUCCAAAAGACGAGAGUCAAAUUGCUCAUUUUGUAUAUCCCAUAAAUUCAUACCACAAACAUCGCUAAUUUCCAAAGGAGCUUCGCGUUGCAAAAACACAGACAUGAGGAAGCUUGAAGCGAGCCCAAUUCGCUCGGUUUUCUCAUAGAUAUCUGGAUGUAAUCGACGAAACCGCUUGAUUUGAGGACCCGUGAAUCUAAGAUGCGCUUUGGAGCCCGUCAGAUCAGCAAGUUUGUCAGGCCCACCUACGACAGCUUCCAUUUCUCGACAUUCACGAGAAGUAGUAGCAUCUUGCCAGUUUGGUGAGCUUGAAUAAAGAUACUUUUCGAGUUGACUUUUCAAUGUAGAGUUUGUUUCCAAUGAACCAAGAGCUCGUUCGGCUCCCUCUAACCAAAAAACACCAGCAUGCUGUUGACCCGCUCCACAGAUUCCCUGAAUCUCGCUUACAUCCAUUAUCUUUGCAAGUCUAGCACACAGUAAAUCUAUGGCAUCCAACCACAUUGCCACUGGUGCUACCACCUCAUGACCAUGUUUGUAGACACCCUUUGUAGUGUUAUAAGAGGGAAAGUCUUUGUCAAAAUCCACAACCACCUCUUGGACGAUGUCCAGCUUUUCGUUAAUAGUAACGCCUUUUAAUUGUUGAGUGGAAAGAUCUAAUCCUAAAAACAUUUUGUAAAACCCUACGUUGUCGUUAGAUUCCAGAAAAGGAUCUUGGUACAAGAAUUCUCUAGGAAAGUCCGCUUAAAUAUAUGAAAAAAAUCACCUCUUGUUGUCGUUCUUUUUAACCGUAAAAUUCGAGAUUCGUACAACUGGUCGUUGUAAGAGCUUACAUCAAUCGUUUCUGUUGUCACAAAUUUUCUAUUAAAUAAUCUUUCAUCACAUCAUAACAUAACAGAAACGAGUUGAACAGGUACGCAUUUGUCACGUUAAUAAUACUCACGGGUUAUGAGAAUAAAUAUCGAGUAGAAG